AUGGUUAACUGGCUGGUUAAAUGGUUGACUGAUUUACUGGCUGCGGAGUUGGAGAGUUGGCCAGUAGUUAUCAAAUUCAUUCUCUGUUAUGACUAUAUUUACACAAUGUACAAUAAGCCCCUUGCUCAGACAGUCUCCCAGGGGCUUGGAUGGACAUACUUCCUGCUCUGGACAUGUUCAUUCUACCCGCAGUUAAUUCACAACUACCGCCGGCGAUCAACUGACGGUUUCUCUCUUAACUUUACGCUCCUCAACUUGUUCGGCCUCGCAGCAUAUACAAUCUUCAAUGGCAGCUUGCUAUUCUCUCCUGUGAUCCGCUGCCAAUAUGCUGAGAGACACCCACAAAGUCCCGAGCCAACGGUCCAAAUAAAUGAUUUUACAUACGCAAUACAUGGGACAAUCAUCUGCCUCCUCAUCUAUAGUCAAUUACAAUGGCCUUCUCUCUGGAAUUUCCACACGAUACAUCCUUCUCUGAAAGUACACCCGUUUACAAUCUGGAUACUAUGGUGUUCUACAGGAGCUAUUGCUCUAGAUAUCAUCGGAGUCUCCUUCUACUCAACAUGGACACAGCGUGAAUGGCUUGAUAUAGUUAAUACAAUUGGAAAUAUAAAAGUGUUCCUCACGGCAAUCAAGUAUACUCCACAGGCCGUGAUGAAUUGGCGCUACCAGUCGACCGAGGGUUUCAGUAUACUCGCUGUCCUGCUGGACCUCACCGGCGCCCUUCUAUCACUAAUACAGUUGGUGUUGGACUCCUCCCUCCAGGGGGAUUGGUCUGGGAUAAUAAACAAUAUAUCCAAGCUGCUACUAGGAAAUAUUACCCUGCUUUUUGAUGUUGUAUUUCUAGUUCAGCAUUAUUGUUUAUACCGGAAGCGGAAUCUGCAAGCAAUAAAGCCCGGGCUGCGUGCAAGUGAAGAAGAUCCGCUGAUACCGUCAAAUUCGGCUGAAGGAAACAUAGAUGAUAACACAUGUCGAUCCCCUUGGAGAAGUCACUCUUCGACUCUAUCUCGGAGUAUAUUCAGCUGUUGA